CGGAAGGAAAUUCAAAGAUGAAAAACCAUAAGAAGACCAAAAAACGAGAGCAGAAAUUCCACCCCCAACCUCAAAAACCUUCAAAACGGCAGCGUUUGGAUUCUGCUGAGAAACCUCAAGACCUUGGCCAUCCAUGGAACAACCUUCAAUUGAUACUGUACAUCCAAGACAAACACUCUGAUCUUCAGAGUAAGGUCAAUCGGGCGUUCAAUUUUGUGCAUUCAAGAGGGGAUGAUAGUGUUGACACUGUUCAGGAUUGUGAAACUAUAAAACUACCGAGACUACUGUGUUUUCUCAAUGAUUGGAUCCUGACAUUGUUGUUCCCUCCAAAUGGGAAGGAGAAUUGGGGGGAUGGGAAGACACCUCAGGUUGAGGGAAUUGAGGCAUAUAUGGAUCUUCGUUGUUGGGAGAUAUUCAAGUUCUGCUUGCAGGAGUCUUUGAAGUUUAAUGUCUCCUUGAAUAUGUCGCGGAACCUCCUACAAACUGUUCAGUUUAUUGCCAGAAAUGCUCUGUCACUACUAGACGACAACUCCUCUAUCUGUUCAGGAGAACCUUCUAUACCUGAUGGAAGGAAUAAACUGUAUGAUACUGCUCUCGAUUGUGUUUCGUUGGUAUUCUCAUCCCAUAGUGGGUUGUCAAGUGAAAAUUUGGACUUGUGGGUUGAAACAGCCGAAGCAGGGCUUAAACUUGUACUGAAAAUGUAUAGUGAGAAACUUGAUGGCAGCAAUGUGGGUGCUUUUGCACUGCGCUUCUUGUGGUUGGUGCUUCAACCAUUCUCCAAGUUUUUGAGGGUCCAUCCGGCUAGGAAAGGAUUUCAUAAUUUUGUGGAUAAACUUCUUGAGCCACUGCUGCAUUUGUUGGGUGAGUUGCAUCUUCGGGUUAACGGAGGUAAUCCGAUUUGGACGGGGAGAUUAAUGAAGGUGGUGGAAGAAGUUCUUUCGCAUGGACUUUUUCAUCCAGUGCAUAUUGAUGAAUUUUUAAGCUUACAUGGUUCAGAGAAGUAUGUUGCUUCAUGUGAUGAUAUAGCGGAAGACUCAAAAGCAACUAUUAAGAGUUAUCCUAGACAUUUAUUUGAUGUACUGAACAAAAUUAUAGCUAGAAAGAAUGCUAUGGCAAUGGGUAGCAUAGGUUUGUUAUUUCACUUGUACGUUAAUUCAGCAAGAAAGUUCAAGGGAACUUCCGUGUUGUAUGAAGGGAGCAAGCUAACAGAAAAUAUGAACGAUUCAAGGCAGCCAGUGCCAGGACAAAAUUGUAGCUCAAAUAAUAUCUCUACAGACACUCAAAAAUCACUUUUUAAUUUUUUUGUACUGAUUGUGGAGCCUCUUUUGGUCGAGAUUGAUGCUUAUCUUCAAGCCAAAAUAGAUGCCAAACUCCUGUUGUUGGAUCUUCAUGGUAUACUCGGCUCUAUUGGUAAUCUGCUUGCUAGUUUUAUGCAAGAGAAGGUAUAUGUGAGAACAGAGGACACAUCUAGAGGAGCUCAUCUUAAUUUCUUGAAGAAAAUAUUUAAUGCACUGAUAACUUGUUCCACUAGUGUCCUCUGCUUGUCAAACUACAAUACAUCUAACAGGAUGGAGACAGAAAACUUUAUUUUAUCAGCUAAUAAGAUUCUAGUUGCUCUGGGAUAUCUUUUGGAAAUUGAAUAUGAGGUUGUUGGAGAAGAUUUAGUGAAUUUAUGGCUUGUUAUGUUGUCAUACUCCACCAUCAAUUGCAAUUUGGUGAAUGAUUCUGAUCAGUGCUCACUAUCUUCCACUAUAGCUGCCCUGGGGUGCCAAAUAAUUAAUCUCUACAGUCAACUUCGCCAGGUGAAAAUUGCUAUAUUAGCAUUGUGCAAAGCAAUAAGGCUUGUUAUAUCUCAUGAGGGUAAUACUGAAGAAAGUUCAUCUAGGUUCUUGACAUUUCUGUCUAAUGAAGUUUAUUCGGAAUCAGUUGAAAGGCUGCUAUCUUCACUGAAGUUCAUCCGUGCCAUUUAUAAAGCCAUUAAAUCUAUUCCAGAAGGGCAAGUGAGUGGUUGUAUUAGACAGAUAACAGAUGAUAUUUCACAAUCUCUUAGGUGGAUGAAAGAUUUCUUUCCAUUGGUUGAUGGCGAGAAAUUGCAAAUUUUUAAUCUGCGAAUGGAACUCUUGGGUAGAGGGCUGUCUAGACUGUAUUGCUUAGUGCUUGAUUCAGUCACUAUCACUGAAGGCAACAGCAAUCUUCUUGGAGGUUCUGUAAAAGAACUAAUGGCAUUAAUGCGUCCCUACUUGGGUAUUCUAGUUGGACAACAGCCAGAUACAAUCGGCAAGUUCUUUUCAUCUGUCAUGGGAGUGGUUGGAAAGGGAAAGGUUUUGAAGAAAUUUGGUAGGUCCAGUCAAUGGGUCCUUGUGUUCUUUUUCCAGUUGUUUGUGUCCUGCCGGAGCUUACUUAGGCAAGCAAUCAGCCUUAUGCCCCCAGUUUUAUCAAAGAAGAUGUCUGCCGAGGUGGGGGAUUACACAGGAUAUUCUGCAUUUGAGUUGAUGGAGAGGAUUGACGAGAUAGAUAUUGGUUUUUUUUCUUCAGUUGUUCAACCUUCUGCUUCCCUCCUUGUCGUUAUGCAAUUUAUUUCAGACAUAUACCUUAAGUAUGGCUCAGAUGAUUCUUUACCUUUGAUCUAUAUUUUUCAAUCUAUGGCUCUUCAGAGACUCGUUGACUUGAAUAGGCAGAUUAUAUUGUUCAAGUAUUUGCAAAAGAAGCAUUAUAGAUCACGAAUCAAGGCUCUGAAGGAAGAGGCAGCAGGACUUACCAAUUUUAUUAUGGAAAACUUAUCAUGCGUAUAUAAAUCCCCAAUCUUUGUUUCUGAGGAUGUAACUUGUGAAGAUGUCAUUUCUCUGGCUCCUCAAAGCAAUGGGUGGAAUCAAAGAAUUUAUGUUGCAAACAAAAAUUCAUUGCCAACAGCCAUUUGGUCAAAUCUUUGCAAAAAUGUCGAUAUUUGGGGCAACCAUGCUUCCAAGAAGCAGUUGAAAAAAUUCUUCUCACAUUUGCUGCACACUUCCCUUCACUGUGUAACAAGCAGUUUUCAAGAGCCAGCUGUGCAAGAAAAUGAUGAGUGUAAGCUGCUCAAGAGAGUCGUGUUGCCACAAAUAUCAUCAGAACUUCUGUGUGAUUCACUUUUGUAUGAGCAAAAAUUUGCCCACAGGAAUCUGGCCUCAAUAUUUUGCUGUGCUUUAGAGAAAUCUGUGCUACCGUUAUUUAGUAAUAUUCUGUGUACUGAUGUCAAUCUUCGGUCAUCGCCCAAUUGGCUUGAGUUUUUAAGUGCCCUUGACAACUCAGAACUGGUUGUUGAUAAAAAUAAAGAGGAUCCAGUUGAUUGUUCUGCGGUAGAAAAGUCAAUCACUCGUUCAUUUGACAAGCUUCCUGUAGAUAGUAGCAGAGAUGGAAAGGCCUGCCCUCUUACCCACAAAAGUUUGACAGAUUGCCACCAUUUGCUUAAUCUCUUAUGUUCAAUGCCAGAUUUAAAUGCAAGAUCAUUUUCACAUCUUGUGAUUUGUAUUUUCAACCUUGAACGGCUUCUUGUCAGUGCAUUGCUAUAUAUUCAGAGCACAGUGUACUGGGAUUAUGGUUGUGAGUAUUUGAAAUUAUUUGUCUCUUGCCGGAAGGCCUUAAGGUAUAUAUUGAUGGGAUUUUGUGAGAAGACGGACACUAUCCGAUCCUCACCAAAAUCAAUUAUAUCUGAAAGUUCAUUUCCUGUUUUAUGGCUUUCAAAGUCAUUAUCUGUGAUUGUUGGGAUUAAAGAGGCAUUCUCAGCAGAAAAUAAUGUUCUAUUUAAAUCUCUGAUGUUUUCUUUAAUGGAUCAUACAUCAUAUGUCUUGUUGGGCAUUGGAAAAUGUCAAAUUAUUCAUGUUUUUUCCAUUGAUAAAGAAGCUGAGAUGCCUUGUGAAGAGAUCUCCAAUUGCAAAAUUAGCCAUGAAGAGAAUCAUUUGCCUACUUCUUCUCAGUUUGUAGAUUCCCCCAAGCUUGAGGCAUUGAAAUGUUUAACCUUUAUGGCUGAGAAUUUGAAAGAACAGAUGCAAAGUUUGCUUGUUUCUCUAAAGGAUACCCCUUGCUGUGUUAAUGUGGGAUAUGGUCUUACUUAUGAAAACAUUAAUAGAUUGUCUUCUGCAGUUUCUUGUUUUGGUGGGUUUUUGUGGGGCCUCACAUCCGUCAUGGGCCAAACAGAUGCAAAAGAUAGUGGUGAUUGUAAAGAAAAAGUGUUGAUGUGGAAAAGUGAGCAUGCCUCUGAACUAAACAGUUGUAUAUGUUCUCUUGUGGAACUUGUUGAUUUUGUUGUAAACAAAUUUCUUGUUGAGAAUAAUCAACUCUCCAAAAGCUUACAUGAAACGCAGAGUUUUGAAAAGCCAGUCCUCCACUUGUCUGGUUCGAAAUAUUUGUCACUUGAAUGCUCAGUUUCUAAGGCUGAUGCCUCAACUGGUACACAAAUAGAAUCUAAAGCUGCAGCUACUUGCUCCACGUCAUCAGCAAUUGAUAAUGUCUCCAAAAGUGCCAGUGAUCUUGAAAGAAUGUCGAACCCUGAAAGAGAAAACUCUGUUGCCAGUGUUUUGGCUAGUGCUGAUUCCCCUGAGCUACAGGGUCUGAAUAAGCCUUUGUUGCAAAGCUUGGUAAAAGGUGAUCAUCCUGAAGUAGCUUUUUUACUGAGACAAUUGUUAAUUGUUUCCUCGUCUUUUUUGAGGUUAAAUUUGCACAAGGAUGAUUCUUCCUUGCCUUCAAGUUUUGUUUCGACUUUCAUUGAGAUUUCACAAGUCUUGUUAUUAGAAUUCACAGAAAUGGUUGUGGUCCCACAACAAUCUGCUUUUCUUUUGUUAGAUGGCGCUCUCAGCUAUCUGAGAGAAUUAGCAAGUUAUUUUCCUUUCACUGAUCCUAUCUCAUCUAGGAGAGUUUAUACGAAAUUGAUACAGAUUUCCAUGAGGGCAAUAGGCAAGACCAUAUUGUUGCAAGGAAAAAGGGCAACACUAACCUUUCAUGAAAGACAGUCAAGUACCAAGACACUUCAUAAAGGAUCAUUUGAAGUUUAUUCUUCUACUGAAAUAUACUGCUUCUGCUUGGAUGAAUUUAAAACUAAGCUGCGGAUGUCAUUCAAAGCAUAUAUAGAGAGGCAAUCAGAGUUGCAUCUUUUGUCUACAAUACAGGCCAUUGAGAGAGCUCUAGUUGGAGUACAGGAACGAUGUACGAUGAUCUAUGACAUUAAAAUAAGUAAAGAUGAAGGGGAAAUUUCGUCACUGGUGGCAGCUGGCGUUGAUUGCUUUGACAUGAUUCUGGAAUUUGUUUCGGGUCGGAAAGGCUUGAAGCUGAUUAAAAGACACUGUCAGAGCUUUGUAGCUGCUGUUUUCAACAUCAUUGUGCAUUUGCGGAGCCUGCAUAUUUUUUAUGUUAACUUGACAUCUGGAACAGUUGCCAGUAAUCCUGAUUCUGGGUCAGUCAUUCUCAUGUGUGUUGAAGUACUAGCUUCAGUUUCAAGGAAACAUGCUCUCUUCUCAAUGGAUGUGUGGCAUGUGGGAAACUUGUUACAUAUCCCUGCAGUACUCUUUCAGAAUUUCCAUCAGCUUAGAAUUUCUAAAGCUUCUGGUCCAUCAGAUUCAUUGAUGAUUUCAGAAGAGCAAAUCUCUCAUCCAGUAGAGAGAGUGAAUUUCUCCCAUGUCGAUCACCAGUUCUCGAUUAACCUAUUUGUUGCAUGUUGUCAACUAUUGUGUACCAUCAUUAGGCAUCGGCCAAGUGAGUGCAAGCAAUGCGUUGCCCAUCUUGAAGCUUCUGUUUCUGUUCUUCUUAAUUGCUUGGAGACUGUUUUAGAUAAUGAAUCAAUGGUGAGUAGAGGUUGCUUCUCUUGGGAAGUAGAAGAGGGAGUGAAAUGUGCUUGUUUUCUUCGAAGAAUUUAUGAAGAGAUAAAACAGCAAAAAGAUAUAUUUAGCCGGCAAUGUUCUCUGUUUUUAUCCAACUAUAUAUGGGUUUAUUCAGGAUAUGGUCCCAAAAGAAGUGGCAUUAGAAGAGAAGUAGAUGAAGCUCUAAGACCCGGUGUCUACGCUUUAAUAGAUACUUGCUCAGUUGAUGAUCUUCAAUAUCUUCAUACUGUUUUUGGAGAGGGACCUUGCAGAAAUACCCUUGCAAGUCUUCAACACGAUUACAAACUCAAUUUUAAAUAUGAAGGAAAAGUGUGACAUUGAAAUUUCGUUGAUGGUAAAUUUUGGUGCCCUCUCAUUUUAUUCCCACAGAGAAUUUAUGUGUCAACUAAUAUUCACCAAGAGCCAAUGCUGUUCUCAUGGGGAACUUUGUUUAUGCCGGUUUUAUUUGCUGUUACCGAACCUGUCUUCAAUCCCUCCCAUUCGGAGCAGACCAUUUUUUUAUAGAUGCCUGCAUCAUAGUUUUGUAGUAUACCUAUCGGUUGGGGUU